AUGUGUCGCUGCGAGCGCUCUGCGGUCGCGUCGGGGCUCAGAGUCCGCGUGUUCUCAGCUCCCGGGCGGGCCGCAGUCACUGGAGUUGGGGCCCUCCUUUUUUCGGGACUAGGAGCCGUGGGCUCUCAGUUCCUGGACUUAUCCAAAAUCUUCACUUACCACAUAGUGGGCUGUGGUCGUCUCCUCCUCUGGGCCUUCUCCCAGAACCACUUUCCUCCAGUGAAGGUUUUGUGGCCUGUGGCUGCCCCACCUUGGCACCUGGCCUACAUGUUUGCCAUCUCCAUUCCCCCAUCUUCCGUUCCUCGGUCCGCUCCUCCAUCCUCCUGCCCUCCCAGUUUUCCUUGGCCCCACAGUCUUCAUUACAACCUCACAGUGCUGUCCCGGGAUGGAUCUGUGCAGUGAGGGUUUCUCGCUGAGGGACAUCUGGAUGGUCAGCCCUUCCUGCUCUAUGACAGGCAGAAAUGCAACGCAAGGCCCCAGGGACAGUGGGCGGAAGCGGUUCUGGCAGCUGAGACCUGGGACAUGGAGACUGAGGACUUGACAGAGAACAGGCCGUACCUCAGAAGGGCCCUGGUACAUAUCAAGGGCCAGAAAGGAGACUCAGGAAUGGACAGUAUCCCAGUCCUCCAGAGCUCAGACCUUUGCUAUGAACAUCACAAAUAUCUAGAAGGAAGAUGCUAUGCAGGCCAAGAUACACUCCCGCCCUGUAUGGGGAGACUUCAGGCAGAAACUACAGUGCAUCUGGAAUCUUGUGUGGGUGUCAGGAGAACAGAGCCACUGGAAAAAGACAGCGGGUCAAGGACUGAAGAGUCCAGUGUCAUAAUCUGGGGAAGCAGUGGGCCCUCUGACAGAAGCCUGAACCUGGGUGGGUGUCAGGCAGGAGAGGAAGCCCCAGGGCCAAGGCUGCCCCAUCUGCCUCCCAGCCUGCCCAUUCCAAAGAGUUCCUCUGGCCCCAUGUACCAGGAGCCCAAUCCUGACCUUCCCCUCCUCAGCAUCAAUGCAGGGAUCCCAGAGCAUAAAGACACAGUCUUGAGGCCCAUCCUUCUGCCAGCCUAGAGGAAUUGAGCCCCAGGGUGAAGACAGACUUGCAGAAGGUCUGGGGUCCAUGAGGACUUCUGCCAGAGUUGGAACAGUGGAGUGGACCAGCCCUGUUCCCUGCAUCUCCAUUAGAGGGGAGUAGGGUUUGGCCACGUGCCUCAUUGUCUCUGCCCUUUCUUCUCCAGUCUCCCCUCCCCCACAAUGAAUGUGACCCGCAGUGAGGCCCUGGAGGGCAACAUGACCCUGACAUGCUGGGCUCUGGCUUCUAUCUCCAGAAUAUCUCUCUGACCUGGUGUCAGGAUGGGGCGUCUUUGAGCCAGGAUGCCCAGCAGUCUGGGGGUAUUCUGUCCAAUGGGAUGGGACCUACUAGACAGAGGUGGCCUGCAGGAUUCCCCAAGUUGAGGA